AUGAGCAGUGUUAGAGCAUUAUCCAGUUUUGAAAAAAAAUUAUUGUUACAGUCUGUAGACGGACUCAAAAACGGUACCACUUUUGGAGCCGAAUACUCUACUUUCAAGGAAGGGUGGUCAGAUGAAGAAGCUACUUUGUUGACUGUAAAGGAUUCCAGAUUAUGUUUGGGUCUACUGACAAAAGCAUUGGAAAACUUGAUAAAAAAGCAUAUUGAACUAUUUUUGACGAUAAACGAACAAUUUGAAUUUGAGGUUUUGAAGAAAAUAAAGACCAGUGAUGUCAUUUCCACAAUCCAAUUUGAUUCGUUUAAGGACGAAAAGAUUAACUGCCAAUUGGGAGCACCACCAUACUUGCUGCGUCAUAUCUUCAAUCAUGACAGAUUUGUACCUGGAAGCGGUAAACCUCUAUGGAAAUUAUACCUACUGGAUGAUUCGCUAGCCUUUUUCCAUGGUCAAGACUGCUUAUUCGAUGUGUUCUCCACCGCUAACUUCCACAGACUACUCCUCAAAGAGGUAAACUUGUUAUCUAGCAGGCCCCAAAAAUGGAAAAAGUUAGAUUACGUUUUCAAGUUUGGUCCAGAUUCUAUGUCGGAGGUAAAGCAACUUCCAAAAUCGAUUUACGACAACCCUAAAUUGUACAUACCCACGUUAAAUCCAGAUCUUUUCAACCUACAGACACAAUCCUUUUUCAAAUCGAUAUAUGUGAAUACUGUUAAAAAGCCCAUCGAGUUUCUGACCAACACGGAUGUUUCCUUUCUCUCACUUAACUCAAACAUGAAAUACAAUGAUAUCCUGGACAUAAAUUCCAAGCUGUGUGGGAACACCGUCUUUGGUUGUGUUUCGAAUGAGAGAUUCAAGUAUUUGAAUACCAUUAUUAAUCAAGAGGGACUGUGUUUGAAAAGUUUUAUUGUUGGUAUCGCGAUGCUAUGUUUGAAGCCUAUGGUUAAAAAUUUAAGUGGAACUGUGACAUUUUCGAUACCGGUGGAUCUGAGGUCAUUUGUGGACGAGCCAAGAGAUUUUGGGCUUUACUACAAAGAUAUACGAGUUGAAUGCCCCUUAUCUUUGAUUGAUGACGACAAGUCGAAGGACUGCAUGAAGGGUGCGAGCGUGUCUGAAGAAGAUUUCGAUGAGAAAUUGAUGGAAUACCAGUUCAAGAACAUUACUGGUUUUGUUAGAAACCAUUUGGAACAAAGACUGACGCGGUUUUCUAAAACGGGGUUCAACGAUGAUGACAUCAGGAGGAUGAAAUUCGACGACAAAAACACCCUUGGAGGUAGCAGUAAUAAUGGAACGUUUAUUCAAAUCUAUGACACAUCCCUUAUCAAUGUUAACGAAUUUGGGGAACCAAAUAGCUUUAUGAUCAGAGCUUGCAAUCUUACGAAAUCUUUAAACAGCGAGGAGCUGAUGUCCCUCUCUUACACAUACUGUGAAGAAAAUGGGCUGAAUAUAUGUAUACACUAUCCUGAAAACUACAAAAUGGAAUCGUUUGUUGAAUGUUUCCAAAGUUUUUUAGAGGAAGGUAAUUGA